AUGGCGUUCACAGCGCUCAACAGCCAGCCUCCAGUACAGCCAUUGCCGGUGCGGGCGCCGGCGGCUAAGCCCAUUGAAGCGCCAGUCGUACCCAUUCGGCAUCCACAGGAGAUCGAUGCUGCAUUUGCAGCCAAUUCAGAUCUGCGCAAGCGUGUGCACGCCGCCAUAGAUCAGGACCCUUCGCAGAGCAUGCUCUUUCGCGAUAUCUCGGCGUUCAUUCUGAGCCAGACGUCUCAGUCGCCUGCCGAAUCGACGACGAAGAAACGCAAGCUUGAGGAGAGCAAUGGCGCACCGAAUGGCGCACCGGAUGGCGCAGCGGCAGGGCGCACAGCAGCUGUACCCGUACCAGGCGUCGGUGGAAGCCUGACGAGCGCCGCGACGCGAGCCUUCAAGACAUACACUGGUGUCAGCUUCUCGAUACCUCAGCGCAAGAAGUUCACACUUGAACUUGUCGACCAGAGGGAUGGUGGGAUAAGAGCGAUUGGCCCUUCUGGCAAUGUCGAGUUUGCGCUGGCGUGGACGGACGUGGACCAGGUCUUCUGCCUGCCCGUGCCGGAGAAAGCCAAGAAGCAGUACAACUUCAUCGUCAUUCCCGUCCACGGCGAUGGUGUGAACCCAGUCCCGGACGAACUGAAAGCCUCCGCGCCAGAGCCGAUCGUGUGGACGUUUGAGGAGGCGACGGGGAAAAAUAUUGUCGAGGGCGAGGAUCCGGGACCGGGGCCGAUGGCAGAGGCGAUGCACCACUGCUUGAUGCAAGCGGGCACUGGUAAAGAGGUCAUCUUCCCUGAUGCAGAUGAGUUCGCCAGCGCCAUUCCCGAGAGCCAUCGCAAGAGCGAGAAGGCGUACCACGUCAAGGCACACAGGGGCAGCAAAGAAGGCUACCUAUUCUUCACCUCCGUUGGCAUCCUCUACGGCUACAAGAAGCCUCUUGCCUUCUUCGAUUUUGCCGCCGUGAACAGCAUAGCCUACGCUGCCGUCUUGCGCAACACGUUCAACCUUGUCAUCACCACGCAAACACAAGAGAUCGAGUUCAGCAUGCUCGACCAGGAAAACUUUGCAGGCAUAAAUGAGUACGUUCAGAAACACGGGCUGCAGGAUGCUAGCAUGGCAGCCGAGAGACGCGCGAAGAAGCUCAACGUCAACCCGCCGGCGGACAAGGGCAAGGAGAAUGGAGCUGUAGCUGGCGCGCAGGCUGAAGAGGAAGAGUCAGAACUGCAGAAAGCAGAACGGGAGCUUCAAGAUCAGGAAGACGACGAGGAAGAGGACGAUGACUUCGACCCUGGCAGCGAAGGCGAGAGCGAGGGCGAAGGGUCAGACUCGGACGAAGAGGAGGGCGAAGGCGGGUACGAUGAGGGCAACACGGCGGGAGUGGAAGAAGGCGAAAGUGAAGAGAUGGAAGAGUGA